AUGUCGCGCUCACUUUCGCCGUCGUCAACAGACGAUUCGCCAAAGGAAAACUCCAAUGACGACAUACCCUCACAAUCACGACAUCCACCAGACGAGGAGGCCGCUGAAAUAGCAAAAGAAAAAGACCAAGGAGAUUCGUUUCUUGUGGGCUGGGACCCAGGCGAGGAAGCUAAUCCUAUGAACUGGUCGACAACGCAAAAGUCCUUCAUCACUUUUAUCCUCGGAAUGCUUGCACUAGCCGCCAGUCUAGGAUCUUCCAUUAUCUCUCCCGCCCAAAGAGACAUUGCCGAGUACACUGGCAUCUCUUCCGAGGUAGCGGUGCUUUGUAUUAGUCUGUACAUUCUAGGCUUCUCGAUUGGCCCUCUGGUCUGGGCACCAACAUCUGAAGUCUGGGGACGCAAGGUUAGUAUGCUGCCGGCAAUGUUCUGCCUUGGACUCUUCAGUAUAGGCACAGCCAUUGGCAAGAAUGCUCAGACGAUAUUGAUCUGCCGCUUCUUCUCGGGGAUUUUUGGAUCGGCACCUGUCGCAAAUGUGUCGGCGGCGCUUGGUGAUCUAUACCUACCUAAGAAAAGAGGUGUGGCAAUGUGCUUUUACGCGAUUGCUGUCGUCGGUGGUCCAACCAUAGGGCCCGUCAUUGGCAGCUCGCUUACUGCCAACGUUGGUUUUAGGUGGCCUUCGUAUAUUCUCGCAAUUUGGGUAUUUGCAAUCUUCGGGCUUGCUCUGUUCUUUCUGCCGGAAACCUAUGCGCCUGUACUUUUGAAGAAGAAGGCAGAGCGGCUACGAAAGAAUACUGGCGACUCACGUUGGCACCAUCCACACGAAGAUGUCAAACUGGAUUUCAAGUCGAUCGUCACGAAGCACCUUGCAAGACCCAUCAUCAUGCUUACCACGGAGCCUAUGGUCACUUGCAUCGCUUUCUAUGCCUCGUUCGUUUACGGGUUGCUAUACAUGACUCUCGAAGUGUUUCCCAUCGUGUUCGAGCAGAACAGGGGCUGGCCGCUUAUUUCAAGCACUUUACCCUUCUUAUCACUGUUUGUAGGUGUCUUGUUCGCUGUUCUGAUCAACUUGGCCAAUCAACCACGAUACGCUCGUGCUGUUGACGCCAAUAAUGGAAGACCUUGUCCAGAGGAACGCUUACUUCCAAUGUUUGUUGGGGGUUGCCUCUUCACGAUCGGUCUGUUCUGGUUCGGAUGGACCGCUGAUCCAUCCAUACCGUGGCCGUCUUGCGUCGUUGCAGCCGCGUUCAUUGGAGCGGGCUUCAACAUCAUCUUCCAGCAAUGCAUCAACUUUCUCGUUGAUACCUACUCACUCUAUGCAGCAUCGGCGGUCUCUGCCAACACAUUCUUACGCAGCUUAAUCGCAGCCGGCCUGCCCCUCGCCGCGAGGCCAAUGUUCAACCACCUUGGGGUCGGACCUGCUAUGAGUAUCCUUGGCGGAAUAGCUGCACUGGCAUUGCCCGUGCCAUUGAUCUUCAUGAGAUAUGGAUUUAAGCUUCGAAAAAUGUCAAAAUUCGCUCCAGUACACGAAGACUGA